AGGUGGGGGCUCGGAUGUUGAUAUCAACAUGGCGCUUGUCAGACAGACAAAGACAGUCGGGCUGGUGUGAUUGAGCCAAAAAAAAAAAAAAAAAAAAACAACCAGAAAAAAAAAGAGGGAGCGGGCAAGGAGGAGGGAGCGGCAGGAGGAGCGCCGGGCGGGGAGGGGGCUGUGUCCUCGGGGGGCGUGGGGGGGCUGAGGGAUUUCCUCCCCCCUAUUGUUCUCGUCCCUCCGCGCCCCCCAUUAAUCCCCCCUCAAUCUGGGGCGGGAGCGGGCGGGGGGACCACCCCCAGUCCAGCCAGUCCAUGGUGAGGCGGAGGCGCCGGCAGCACCCAGAGGGCAGCAGUGGUACAGAAAUAAAGGACUGUGUCCUAAGAGUGUUUCCUGGAGCUGGUUCUGAGCUACACCACCACACAGAUAUGCAGAAUGGUGAAUAACACUGAAGACCCUCAAGAGGCUUUGUAGCGUCCCAUCCUCAUGUAAAGUAUGCUCAGAACUUUUCCAGUAGUGGUCCUUGGAAUUCUCCCUUGACUUUCCCUCAGCUGUGAUUUGCUCUGGCUCGUAGGGACUGUACAUCAGCUCUGUCACAUCUCCUGGAGUUUGAGUGAUCUCUUCACCCCCCUGCUCUCCUUCAGGAAUGCCUGCUGGAAACCAUGUCUCACUACACAGACGAGCCAAGAUUCACCAUAGAGCAGAUCGACCUCCUGCAGCGCCUGCGGCGCACGGGGAUGACCCGGCACGAGAUCCUGCACGCGCUGGAGACCUUGGACCGCCUGGACCAGGAGCACAGCGACAAGUUCGGGAGGAGGUCGGGCUACGGCGGCGGCUCCUACGGCAACAGCAGCAACAACGUGGCGGCCUCGUCCUCCACGGCCACGGCCUCCACCCAGACCCAGCAGUCGGGGAUGUCGCCGUCCCCCAGCAACAGCUACGACACCUCCCCCCAGCCUUGCACCACCAACCAGAACGGCAGGGACAGCGGCGACAGGCUGGCUGCCUUCAACGGCAAGAUGUCGCCCACGCGCUACCCGCUGGCCAACAGCCUGGCCCAGAGGUCCUACAGCUUCGAGGCUUCUGAGGAGGACCUGGACAUCGAUGACAAGGUGGAGGAGCUGAUGAGGAGGGACAGCAGUGUGAUAAAGGAGGAAAUCAAAGCCUUCCUCGCCAACCGGAGGAUUUCCCAAGCAGUUGUUGCACAGGUAACAGGUAUCAGUCAGAGCCGGAUCUCCCAUUGGCUGUUGCAGCAGGGGUCAGACCUGAGUGAACAGAAGAAAAGGGCAUUUUACAGAUGGUACCAGCUUGAGAAGACAAAUCCUGGGGCUACACUAAGCAUGAGACCAGCUCCCAUCCCAAUAGAAGAGCCAGAAUGGAGACAGACACCUCCCCCAGUCACAGCUACCUCUGGGACCUUCAGACUACGGCGAGGCAGUCGGUUCACGUGGAGAAAGGAGUGCCUGGCUGUGAUGGAGAGUUACUUCAAUGAGAAUCAAUAUCCCGACGAGGCAAAGAGAGAAGAAAUUGCCAAUGCCUGUAAUGCAGUUAUACAAAAACCAGGAAAAAAGUUGUCGGAUUUGGAGCGAGUUACCUCUCUCAAAGUGUACAACUGGUUUGCCAACAGGAGGAAGGAGAUCAAGAGAAGAGCCAAUAUUGAAGCAGCAAUCCUGGAGAGCCAUGGGAUAGAUGUACAGAGCCCAGGAGGUCACUCCAACAGCGACGACGUGGACGGCAACGACUACUCGGAGCAGGACACUUGGCAAGUCCGCAACGGGGAGGAGGAGGGACGGUGUUCUGAGGGAGGCAGAGAAGCUGAGAAGGUAGAAGAAGACAGGAGGAUCUGCUCCAAACAAGAUGACAGCACUAGCCACAGUGACCACCAGGACCCCAUUUCCUUGGCUGUGGAGAUGGCAGCAGUCAACCACACCAUCCUGGCGCUGGCCCGGCAAGGAGCCAGCGAGAUCAAGACAGAGGCUCUGGACGACGACUGAUGCCAGCAGAGGGGGAGGGUCAAAGCAAGAAGUAACUUAGUUUUAGAAGUAGCACCUUAGCAGACUUUCCUCGGUCCUUAAUAUGUGUUCCAGUAUAACUUUGCAGUUUCUUGUACGUCAGUUAGCUGUUAGGGUCUUGUUCUGUGAAGAUGGCAUGGUGCCCUCAGCCUUUGCAUAUACUCUCUCAGUAUUAAUUCCCAAUAAAUAAUCAAUCAACCGACCAACCUCCCUCUCUCCCGGCCCCCAGUGGCUAGAAAGGUAAAAUCAAAAAAAAAAAAAGAAAAAAAGAAAAAAAAAAAGAAAAGGAAAAAAAAAAAAUCUUGCUGCUCUGUCUUAGCAUUCAAAGUGCUUCCAGGUAUUUUAGACAGCCCUCAAUUCCAAGUCUUAGGCUACACUUAAAAUCUUGGAUAACCUUAGAGAUGGUGUUGAAGCAGAUAGUCUGUAUGCUUUCCCUGCCCUGAGACUGAAAGGAUGCAAGCUGAGGUAGUGGCACAGGGUGGAUGGACACCAGACUGGGAGUACCAACAGAGAGUAAAAAGAACACUUAGAAACCCCACUCCAGCAUGGGAACAAAUGAUUUCCAGCUGCAAUAAGCCGUGCCUCACUGCUCAUACAGUGACUUGACUUUCGGGUGCUGUGCUGAGAAUGUCCAUUGGAAACACAUUCCCACAUUUCAGUCGAUGCUCACAUGUUCAACACAGACAUCCUCUACUCUCACAAGCUGGAGGAGUGCUGCCUUCUGCCUCUGGGACCAUGCUUGAAGCCCAGCCUGGGAUCAAAUGAAAACAUGAGCUGAAUGUCUAAUGGACAGCAGUCCACUUCUCAGAACCACUGCUCGUUCUUGGCAUGGCUGGCAGUGCCUGCUCAGAAGAGGUCCAGACUCUUUAUCCAUCUGUCAUUAACAAUUUCACCUUUCAUUCCUCCUCUCUCACCUUUUCUGCCCCCACCCUCCUCCCCUCUCCACUUUGCCACUUUCAAAAGCAAUGUUUUCCAGGAAGGUUGUUAAGGUCCCAAGAUGGGUGAGUGGAUUUUUACUGCCUGUGUCCUGACUAGCCUGAAAGGUAACUGGAGAAUUCGACAUCUGACCUUUUCUAGAUAACCAUCAGAGCAUAAAUAUUCUCCUAAAUACGAACUUCUUUGGUUUGUUUGAAAGCAGAAGGAUCUCUUACCUGAGAAAUGGGGUGUGAAUGUUUUGUGUUCUCUUUACUCUGUCUUUGUUAAGGUGUGAGAAAGCUAUACUGCUACGAGCAAUUUAAUUAAUAAUUGGAAGCCAUACUGAUAAUGGAUGUGGUAAUAUUUGUAAAGCAAACCUACUCUAAGUAGCAGGAACUAAUGGAAUUUUUUUCCUUGAUCAUAUGUAGCACUUUUGUUACUUUUUUCUUAAAGAUAUUUAUAUUUGAUAAGUCUUUUUUUUAUCAUUUGAGAAUUCCAAAUACCAAACAGCAAACUUGCAUUACAGAGUCACCCUGCGAUCACCUUGUCAUCUAGUAUCUAAAUGAUGAACUGUGUGUGCAUCUAAGAAAAUUACAUCUGCUAGCAUUGUGUGGAAAUGAUCUCCUGGCAUCCUGAUACAAUGAUAUGUUGCUGCCGGUAAGAGGAAACAUUUUGAUGGAAACAGCACCAGAAGUGUUAGAGAGGGGCAGGGCUGUGUAACAUUAACAGAGAACAAAUUAAAAACCCACGGAGAUUUUUCUAUGGAGACACAGAUACGAAAGUUUGCAUAGAGUUUCCUCCACAUUCCACUUUAUCUUCCCAGUUUGAGUGGGAAUAAAAGAGGGAAACAGCUCAGUCUGGAGGAUGGGUUUCCCUUUGCUCCCCUCCAGUUUGGAGCUGGAGCAAAGGGAAUUCCUGUUGCUCGCCUUGUUCUCAUCCCUCCCUCCCUCCCUCCCUUUUAACUGUCAGAGCUUUGUGACCCUCCAGUGUGGCUCCUCAGCCAGCUCUGAGCCAGCCUGAGCCCUCCAGGUCAGCCUCCCCUGUCCCUGUGGAGCAGCUGCUCCCCAAAGUGCCCCCAGGAGAUCCUGUGCUCUCAGAGCCGUGCCACCUUUGUCCCUUGGAAGAUCUGUAGGUGGGGCUUGGCCUCAACUUCGCUUAUGGAUUUCACUGGAAAAUUUAUGUGCUUUCCUUAGAUACAGAUCACCAGAGCAGAAUGAAGCUGUCUUUUUUUGUUCUGUUUUAUUGCAUUUCUUGAGUAGAGAAAUUCAUGAGUAGUGUCAGGGUGGACUCAGGAAAGGCAGGACUUGGAUCAGUGACCAUUGCACCACUGCAGUUCUUUCCUUACUGCCUGUAUGAAUGUUUUGCUACUAAGGAGUGAAAGGAUGGGGAGAGCUUUUAUUUCUGUUUUUUGCACAGCAGAAUGAUGGAGCAAACUGGAGCCUUAGUGGAAUUUUACCUACUUAUUCAUUCCACAGUCACACCCUGAGCUGACAAGCAACAUCCAGGAUUUAUAGUAAAGAGAUUUUAAUAAUCGAUGACCUCUUUACGUUGGGCUUGCCACCACCAUUUGUUCUGGCUGUUUCAUUUUCAAAAGAACAGACUCAAACUGCUGGACAGCUGCAAUUUUAAAAGAAAUAUUGCUUAUUGCUUACUGUAGUAUCUGUAAAAAAAAAAAAAAAAAAGGCAUUGUUUGAGGCUUUGCCUUUUUAAAGCAAUAGGGAAGAAUAAAAAUAGUAUUAGAACUUCUGUAUCCUGAUUAUAGGUUCAUGUGAUGCAGGAUCAAAGUAACACCAGUGAAAUUGUGUGUCUGUACCAUCUAGUGUGGAAUAAUCUGCUCUUAAUUCUGUUUGUCACUGUCAGGAAGCUGCUGACAUCCCCCACCAGUAUCUUCUCUGAAGGUUAAACAGGUGAAAACCCCUUAUGAGUGACUGGAGACUGGCAGAUCUUUCUGGGCUGUACAUCCCAGUUUUCUGCCUUCCCACAUCAUCAUCUUCCCAGAGAAAAUAUCCAAAAUCUGGGGAAUCAGCCCCUUGGUUCUGUGGGGUCAUGGUUUGGGGUGUGUCUGUUCUGGCCUCUCUUUGGGCAUCAGGAGAUGCAAGUGGGACCUCAGAGGAGGCAGUGGGAUCUCAGCUGUGCCCAGGCUGCUCCUGGCAGGUUGUUCCCUUCCUUCUGCAACUUCCUAAGGAGCCAUUUGCAGCUGGUCAGUCCCUUUUUGGUUUGAGGUGAAUUAUCUGCAGUGGGACAGGUGCUGAUGUGAUGAGACAGGAGUGUGAUCUGGAGUAAGUGGAAGAAUCAGUGAGGGUGUGUCCUGGAAUUCAGGAAUCCUGGAAUUCUUUUUUUUGGUUUUAUUUCCACAAUAUGGGAGUUGUCUUUGUCUUUCUGUCUGUGGGUUUCCUUGGGAAUGAAGCCUCAUUUGGUAGCACUGCAGUGGAGGGACACUUUGUUGUAGCCAGGCUGGAGUCACUGCAUUUGUCCUCUGAGGGUUCCCUUCAAGUGGCUCUGGUGGCAGAUCUGAGCAAACUUUUUGUUCUGUGAACAGAGAAGUUAAUUUAAGAAGCUCCUCAUCUGUGAUGGUCACAGAUUGCUUUUACCUUCACAGAGUGAGUUUUGGCUGAUAUUUUGUCCCUCAUAAAGUCCUUUUACUUGAGUUUUAUUCUCUGACCGUCUUCUUAAAACAACAAUUUCUACCUCCACUUCUUUUCUGGAUUUUUUUUGGUAUUGAGUUUUUAUUUCCCCCCAUCCUUUUUGCUGAAGUAUGAGGUCCCAAACAUUUGCAAAAGCGUUAUGAGUUGAUAAAAAAUCAGCAGCUUGUUUUCUGUUGAUCUUCUGAAUCCCCUGUAGACACAUGUGUGGUUCUAGUGAAAUCCUGUGCUGGAUGUGCACCCUUGCAGCAAUUAAGGAAUCUCAUUGAGAGCCUUCAGGGGGUCAUGGAAAGGGUUUAGACCCUCUGUCCAUCAUGUGGGACCACUGAGGGGGGACAUGGAGCACAUCUCACAUAGUGGGAGAUGGCAGGAGCUGGGAUUGUCCAGGCUGCCUCUGGGUGCAUCCCAGAUUUUGGGGUUUAACUGUCUUAACAAAUUAGUUCUAACUUGGGGGUCCAGUGCAGGGUCAGGAGUUGGGCUUUGAUGAUCCUUGUGGGUCCCUUCCAGCUCAGGAUAUUCUGUGAUUGCAGAGAAGGCAGAGCCAGACUUUUCUCAGAGGUGCCCAGCAAAAACCUGAGGGGCAGAGGGCUAAAGCUGCAUUAAGGAAAAUCCCAGAUGAAUAUAAAUAGAAAUAUUUUCAUGCACAGUGGAAGAAAUGGCCCAGAAAGUCAGUGAAAGUCUCAUCCUUGGGGAUUCUCAAAAUUCAACUGGACAGGGUUGGAUUAGAAACCUCCAGAGUCUCUUCUGACCUAAAUUAUUCUGAUUCUGUGCAGACCUGCUCAGGUUGAGGUGUUCCCUAAUUGUUGACUUGUUUAAAGAAAUUCUUUUAAUCUGUUGAGGGUUUUUUUCUGUUUUGCUGUUCAUAAAAAUGAUCUUUGCUAGUUUACUAAUAGAGAGGAGCUUUAUUUGCAGGGUCUGGCUCCAGGCUCCAAUCAAGCCAUAAGUUAGAGAUUUCAUUAAUUAUUUGCUCUGUUUACACAGUUCUUCAGGGAUAUUUGACUUAUUCUGUUUGUUUCAUUGCCUAGCAUCAGACUGGUAAGUUUUUCAUGUUUUUGUCACAUUUGUGAUUUUUAGAUCAGUUUUUGCCUUCAUUUGUGAAGACUUAUCUUUGUCUUGCUGCUGUGAGUACAAGUGAGAAACUCCACAUAGCUGAACCUACUUCAGGAAAAACUGGGGUUAACUCAAUCCCACUGGUGACUGUUUUGAUAAGCCAGAAAUUUUGGGUGAAUAAAUCACAAAUUGGUGAUUAUUAGGAUCUGAAAGGGCUUGAUUGGGAAAAAAUCAGAUUAUGCUCACUUGGAUCCCCCUUUUCUUAUGCUGUUGGCCACUUCUAAGAAAAGCAGUGUGAUAUUUGAAAUGGGUUUUAUUUUUCAUACAGAUAAACCCACUGAAAUUGGUGUAAGAAUUCUCCAAACUCAAAAUUGCUGCUUGAUGCAGGAUGUUGGUUCCCUGUGUGUGAUCCUAACUGGAAUCCAAAGCUGGAUCACACUUUCCUUUGCAAAUUGCUAAAUUCACUGUGAGGCUCUGCCCAUAAUCCUGAGCUGUGGGUGUUCAGCUGGGGAUGGUUUUCAACUCCUCCUUCUUUAUCCCAACUCAUUUUAAUUAAUAUUUGUAAUAAUGUUCCUCCUCCAGCUCCAUCAUGGUGCAGCCCCCACUUUCCAGUGCUCAUCAGCUUCUUUCAAACUCCUUGUGUAAUUACCAGCAGAUUUUAAUUUUGUCAAAACUUUGCUCUUAUUUUAUCUGGGUUUUCCCACUCAAGUAGCUCUUGCACUCUUGGAAGUUAUUUGACUUGAUAAUAUUAUUUUGAUCAAAGUCUUAAGCUUGUAGGCAAUAAUCUUUGGUUUGGUGCAGCUUUUGGCAUUUGGCAGGAAUCUUUGUUGGCAGGAUUGGUCUGAAAAUUGUGUUACAUGUCAGUGACUUUAAUAUAUGUUCCUUACAUGGAUUUUGUGUGUUUGUAGCAGCAGUCAGGGGUUGGAUCCUGAUCCCAGCUACUUAGUGGAGUUUUGUGGAGUUUUCACUGUGAUUCCUUGGAAGGGAAGGUUGAUGGCCUGACCAAAAAACCAUUUUGCAGUUCCCAGGAAGAUUUGCAGAGACAUUUCAACCUAAAUCGUUUCCCCUUGGGCUCUUGAGCAGCUGGGAUAUUUACUCAGGAUAUUGGAUCAGUUAUUGGCCAGAAGGGAUUUGGUACAGCCCUAAAACCUUCAUUUCAGCCUCACUUUCUGCUGUCAAAUUUGUGGGGUUUAAACUGUCUGACUAAAGACAUUGCACAUUCAUGAAAACCAGAGGCAUUCUAGAGGUGGCAGCUACAAAUCCAAAUCUAAAGUACACUGAAAUUAUCCUUUUUGAAUGUGUUACAACUGAAAGAGCGUGGUGGAAUGUUUUGAGGACUGUCAGGAAGGUGACAGUGACUUGAUGUUGGGUUUUGUCCAACAAAUGUAGAUCAAAUCAAAUCAAACCUCAGUGGCAGCACUGAGGCAGAGGGAGAAAAAUUUCAGCUCUUCUACUAAAGAGAUUGUUGCCAUCCUUGGCCUUAGGUUUUGUCACUUAAAAACAGCCUGGAAUUGUUUGUUUUGUGGUUUAUAUCAGAAAAUCGUGGGAUGGGUUGAGUGGGAAGGGAUUUUAAAGAGCAUCCAGCCCUGUUGUUCCAAGCCCCAGUGUCCAUCCUGGCCUUGCACACUUGCAGGGAUGGAGCAGCCACAACUGCUAGAAAAGAAUUUGCCAUUUGAAAGACGGGAAAAUGGACAGAACAUUUUAAAUGCCUCUUUUAAUCAGGCUGCUGCAGCAGAAGAAGCAAAGAGCUCGAUGGCUGGAGCUCUGUGCCAUCCUUUCAGGGAGAUCUGGAGUGCUCCAGCCAAGAGCUGAAGCAGGAGUGGAGUGAAACCAUUGAGCUGCUGCUGGGCUUUUGAUGUUUCUGUAUGUGCAGAGCAUCUCUGCUCAGCUGCCUUGGCAGAGGCUCCCGUGCCAUUUAUCCCCUCUCUGCUCAAUGGCAGGGGUGUGCUGUGCUGAUCAAAACAGCAGCACACUUGUGCUGAAUCCUUUCAGCCCGCAGCCAGGGUAAUUGGGAUGGGCAGGAUAAAUGCAGGGGAGGGUGGCAUCACACUGGUGGCAGCUCUUUUCAGUGCCUGGGUGUCCCUGACGGGUAAUUAGCAGCUUCAGAGCCGCGGGGAUUGGCACGGCCCUGAUGAAAAGGGUUCUGUCUUUUCUGCGCUUGAAAACAGGAGAGCUCCCGCCCCCUCAUUCUGUUUUAACGCUGUUAUUAGUGACACUUGGAACACAGCUCCUCUGUAAACUCAGUAAUGACCUCGGUGAAUGGGGCUGAGCCCAGCUCAGUUCUCUGUGCAAAGCUGCUCCUGCUCUGUGUCCCUCUGUCACUCCUGGGAGCCUGGCAGACAAAGAGGACACUUGGUUGUGGCAGCCCGGAACAGAUUGCCUGCUUUAGCUCUGCUGGCUCAUUUGGGGUUUAAGGAGAUGAAGAGGAUGAGCCAGGAGCUGCACUGGAGCCAUCCAGAGCUUUCACCUGUGUGCAGGUGGAGUUUCCUUGCAGCAGGGAAUGUCCCUGGCUCCUGGGUGCCACUCCAGAUUCCCAUUCCCUCUUGGGAAGCCUUAGCAGCACUUGUUGCCAUGUUCUGCUCCAGCUUCUCUUUUAACUAACACAGUGUAGUGAUAGGAGCUAACUCCCCUUUUUCCUUAAAAAAAUCCCAAAAUUUCCCCCCACAGGAGAGUUGGCUGGACACCAUCCUUGCCCUUCACCAGGAUAUCUGGUGGUGACCCAAAAUACCAUUAUUUCCUCUGAUCUGUUGCUAGAUUCUCCAAAAGCAUCUGCCAUAGGGUGUUCUGUGCCUUUUAAAUCCUUUUUUGUGAGUAUCUCUUGCCCACUGAGCACUGCAGAGCCUGUGCUCCAUUUUUGCCCUUAACUUCCUUGACCAGAUUUUUCCAUAGUGCUGUUCUUCAUUUAUCAGGCAGGUUUCCACUUUGUUGGCAUGUAAAGAUGCUUAGAGGGACUAUUGAGGCAAAUUUAGUAAAACUAGCAGGUUCCUCUCACCAAAAAACUCCAGAGAGAAUUUAGGGACUUCCUUAGGCUCUUCUUGAAAUCUUGCAGUUACUUUUCAGCUUCUUUGCACUGAAAUCCUUGUGAACCCCAGUUCAGAGCAGAGCUGUGCCCGUGGGUACUUCAGUUCUUCCAGCACAGUUCCCACCACUGCACCCACAGUAGCAAUGGGAACAACUUCACUUUUAGAAAAUACAUUUUUAGACUUUCACUUGCUGCUGUCACUGGCCUCAAUUCAGCUUCCCAUCCUCCUCUCCCCUCUCCUUAACUAAUUAAAGUCUUCCUUGUUAUGGCAAGGUGGCAGAUGUAGCUUAAAUAACCCACCUCUUUAAUUAAGAGGUUGGAUUCAGCCUUCUGAGAUAUAUUUGACAUCAUUGGAGAUUUAAAAAUAUAUUUUACUUACACAGUUUAUCCAUCAGAUCGCUCAAGGAGGGCAGAGAGAUAAUGAAAGUAAAUUAUUAAUUAAUAUUUCUCACCCAGUAUAUUCCAUUAAGAAUAUUGAGCAUUUAUUCUAUUCCUCAAAGCAUGUUUGACUUUGGAUAGAAUUUUUUUUUUUUUUGAAGUCUGCCUGCUGAUGAAGUUCCUGCUUUGACAGGGCUGGAGGGACAGGGUGGAAAAUACCCUUCAGGAGCCAACCAGAGCCAGGAAUUCCAAACAGAACUCCCUGAGCAGGUUUUCCAUUUCCUUUCUGCAUUGGGAGCAGAUCUUUUCAAGCCCAACAUGCCACAGACUGCCCCUGACACAUCCAACUGUUCUUACCUGCAAAACCACUGGUAAAAUUAGGGAGUGAAAACAGCAGCAGUGAAGAGUGAUGCAGAAUAGAGAGAUACUUUCAGUUAGGGUUGGGUUUGUUUUUUAUUUUAUUUUAUUUUAUUUUAUUUUUUUAAUGAAUAGAUGGAAUGGGAGUUUGCAUCAGGACUGUGGGAGGCCACCCAACCUUCAGGGUCUCCUUGGAGGUGACAGGCUGGUCCCUUCUGGCCUUAAUUGUAAAUCUGUGACUCCAAAGAGAUCAAAUGUGUCUUUUCCCUUUAGAACUUGUUCAGAAUAUUGAAUAGUUUGUAGAGAUUUGAGCUCUGGAGGGGUUCUCUGCAGCAAGAACUUUCCAUCAGAGAACAUGUUGUGCCUUAUGUCUCUGAGCCCAGUUCCAGAUCCAAACAAUAAAAAUCUUGUACCAUUACCCCAAAAAUUCAGCAUAAAUAGAAUAAACAGAAUUAAUAAAUAAAUAGAAUUUGAUCAGUUACAGCCAUUUCUUUGGGCUGCAGUGCCUCAGCAGCUGAUUUUUACAAAUACAGAAGGUUUCACAAAGGUUUCUCUUGCACACUGUGUCUCCUCCUUUCCUCCAUUCCUUGAAUUCCUGUGGAGAGUCUGAGCUCAGCUCAGCUCAGCUCCUCAACUGCUCUGAGCCAUUUCCUUCCCUCUGAAUUGAUUCUUGCUACUGAAUUUGUCACAUCAGUUUCCCAGAUUUCAGUGCUUCUCAUAGAAAUAAUUUCUGUUUCAUGCAAGCUCCCUCACACCCUGACAAUCCCAUUUUUCCUGUUCUGAGGUGCUCUGACCUGAAGCUGUUGUCCUUGCAGCCCCCAAGAAAGGGAUUUUUGUUGUUCCCACCCUAUAAAAACCUAUCCAGUGCUAAGCAGAAGCUCCCAGAUUUUCUGCUCUGGGGUUUCCCAGCUCUCAGCCCUUUCUCCCUUCCCUCGUUGCAGUUUCCUGAUUAGAAAAUCACAGAAAUAGCAAUUUUUAAGUAUAAUUUUUUUAUUAUUACUUGGACUGUCUUUUUUUUGUACUGGGAAGAUUUGUUUACUGGGAAACAUUCCCCUUUCCUUUGGCCUUUGAGAUGGUGCUGUAUCCAUUAGUUACUUGAAGUCAGAGUUUCUAUGAAAUAAAUAAGAAUAAUUUUAUCUACUUUGGCCAGUUGAAAAAAAAAAAUCAGCUCAUAAAUUCAGCCAGUUUACAGCAGGUUCUUCCCUUGCACAGUCCUGUGUGAAAUCAGGUGGUUGGACCAUGGCAGAGGGACAAGGUGCAAAUGUUUUUUUUAUAGAAUUGUGGAAUGGUUUGGGUUGGAAGAGACCUUAAAGCUCAUCCAGUUCCUCCCUCUGCCAUGGGCAGGGACAUCUCCUACCCCAGGUUACUCCAAACCCUGCCCAGCCUGGACUUUUUUUUUUGUUCCAGUUUAUUUUGCCUUGCUUGCAGUGGAUUUUCCCAGUUUGGGUCCCUGUUUUGAUGUGGGUGUUUGGGACAGGAUGCCUGGAUUUGCUUUCCCAGAACCUGCUGCUUCCCUUGGACACUUCAUUUCUCCAGGGUUAGGGAUCCCUCACUGCAGCCAGAGUAGCUUUUGAUUAUUAUUCAAAAUUUGCUUUAGGCUGGAAAAUCUUGAAGUCAUUUUUCCAAAUGAAAAAUCACAGUGAAAACAGAGUUUGGAUUUUGAGCUUCCCAUCUUCCAGUGUUACCCACUGAAUUUUCUCUUCUUUUUUUUUUUUUGUUUCUGUGUGAAUUUGGGUGUCACCCUGAGCCCUGUGCUGACCUGAAGCUGGUGAUUGAUUUUUGGUCACAGCCCUGUUUGAUGUUUCAGGAGGGACAAAUUCCCCAUUCCAUCACCCAGUACAAACCCCAAAGCAAAACCCCUUUUUCCCUUCUCUUGGCUCCAGGAAUGUCUGAGUCUCAUCAGAAGCUCCCUGAUUUUGCUGCUGGAGUUCUGGCUGGUUCUGGGCAGCAUUUCUCCCACCUGGCUGAGGCUGGGAGUGUCCCUUGAAGGUAACCCAGGAGUAGCAGAUUGAAACUCAGUUCUGUAGAGGGUGACAAGUCAGAGCCAGCUGUGAGCUCUUCUCCUGCACAUUGCCUUGCCUGUCUUCUCUUGUCUUCAUCAUCUUCCCAAGGCUGCUGAAAGCUGGGAAGUGGGAGAUGGGUGCUGUACUUCUUUCAUUUUAGGGUUGUUUUUUUUCUUAGUGUGGAUUUAAAAAGUGCCUAAGUGAGGAACAGGACUCCAGAGUGAGCUGGAGGAACAGGAUUAGACCUCAUUUCCCUCUUGAAGAGCCCUCCCUGCAUCCUUCCCUCUGCACAUCCCUCCAGCCAUCUGGAGCCCAGCAGAACCUGGCUGGGAAAAUCUCCCUGUUCCUUCCUCGUGCCCCCCUUGGUUCUCAGUCUGUGGGGGAUUCUCAUUUCUCAGCCAGACCUUUGCAAUCUCUGAUUUGGGGUGGAUGGCAAAGAGGGGGGAAGCUUGGAUGGAGUUGAGUAGGAAACUGCCUCUUGGAUUGCAGAUACAGGGAGCAGCAAAACCAGGUCUGGGUGGGAAAAGCUGAUGAGCUUCUUGCUCUCCUCCUUUGGAAUCACAGAAUGGUUUGGGUUGGAAUGAACCCCAAAAACCAUCCAGUCCCACCCCCUGCCAUGGGCAGGGCUCCUCCCACUAUCCCAGUUGCUCCAGGCCUUGUCCAGCCUGGAACAUUCCCAGGGAUGGGCCAGCAAAACCUCUCUGGAAUCCCAAAGGCAGUUUCUUCCUAUAUUCUUAAUUAUUUCUGAGUUUAUCAUAAUGGCACCUGCUAAACAUUUUGUCCAAAUAAUCCUAACCCUUGGCAGGUGGUUCUAAUUUUGUAAAGGUGAGAAUUUUAUGUGGGUUUAAAGAAUAAAGGUAUCAGUGAUAGUUUAAAAAAUUGAUUUAAGGAGGAUUUCUUCUGACCAGAGUGAAAGGAGGUAACAGAACACUAUGAAGGUGUUUUAGUACCACUUAAGGGUUCAGCAAAUGAAAGCAAUCCCUGUAUAGAAGUUUUAUUUUUCAUUAGCAACAAAAUGUUUUCACUCUGUCAGCAUGUGAGGUGGGAAAGCUUGGGACAGGAGUGCUGGCAAGGAAAGCUGUGAGGACAUCUCUGCAGAGGGCAGGAACAGCCCCUGGGGAGUGGGAAAUCCACUUUUUUGGAGCCUGUGGCACACACAGAGCCUGGCCCUGCUCUGAGAGGCCUUUUGGAAGUGACAUUUCCCCUGAGAGGUGAUUGUCACUGCAGGUGUUGGUGACAGGAUGGAUGCAGACCCAGAGUGAGGGCACAGUGGGACAGCUCAGAGCCACAGAAAGGCAGAGCAGAACCCCAGGGAGGUUCCUCAGCCCCAGUUCUGUGUCUCAGCUUUGUCCCACUGUCCCCUCCAGCUGGGGCUGGGUGCUGGGGGGGCUCCUGUCCCCUCAGUGCCACCAGGUGUGUCAGUGACACCAAGAGGAGAGUGUCCCAUCCCUGCCCUGUCCAUUCCUGCCCCAGCUGCUGCUUGGGGCCUGUCUCUAUCUGCUGUAGGUGUCCUGCCUACCUCAAGAGGAAACCAUGGGAUGCUGGAGUGGUGUGCUCACUCACCCUCUGGGCACUUCUCCAUGAGCACUAGUGCACACUCACACUCACACUCACACUGGAAUGUAUAUUCUCCUCCCCCCUGCCCCCAGAUAACCUCUUGACCUGAUCCUUGCUGUAGCCACCACCAACUCCUCUUGCAAAUUGGAUGCUGCUUUAAAUGUGAAAACAAAUGUUCAAGAAGCUAUAAAACCUGAAUGAAAGCUAAAGCUGAAUUUAUAAAGCCUUGUUGCAUAUGAGCCAAAAGUGCAAAAAGCUCUAUAUAAUGAACUAACCUGCCACUCAUAUAAAUAUAAAUAUAUAUAAAUAUAUUAAAAUCAGACUGUUCUACAAAAUUGUGUAUUUGUAUUUUUGUGUACGUACAAUUUUCUGCUAAGCAGAAGGAGGAUGUAGUAUAGGAUGAUGUGAGAAGAGAUUUUGUUUAAUCAUAUUUCUUUGUUACUUAUUUUUGUUAACAUCCAGAUGCCUGUCUUUGUCUUAUGUGUAUGACACUGUUCCAAAGGUGCAGUAUCCCUCUCCUGCUGUGAGUCCAACCUCCUUCCUCCACAGGGAGUGAGUCAGGUGAUGUCCCUCAUCAUCAUCAUCAUCAUCAUCAUCAUCAUCAUCAUCAUCAUCAUCAUCAUCAUCAUCCCCUUCAGUUCCACCUUGGUCUUGAUCUUAGGGGCUGCUUGUUCAGCUGAAAGACAAGACGUCUCACUGUUGUGUCCUUGCUGCUCCUCCUCAAUAUUCAUGUUGGCUCCUCUGCACCUUUCCCUGCUCUGCUGCUGCUCCUCAGCUGAGUGGAGUGGAUAGGCUGGGAGGGAGGAGGAGCAGGUGCUCGUGGUGGGAAGUUGGUGAAGGUGGUGCCAGGGUGAACCUGCCAGAGCCAGGGGGAUGGAGGGAGCUCCUCCUGUUCCCCCCUGGCUGCUCCUGGGGCUUUGGCUGUCAGGAGGAGCUGAUGGGUUCUGACUCUGUGCCCCCCAGACAUCCACCCCAGCCCCUGCUGCCUUUGGGGCUCUUGGACUCUUUGCUCUGGGGAACUUGGAGCAGCCUUGGGAGGCUCCAGCUGUGAAGUGAAGGCACAGAGUGUUGAGCAGAACAUUCCAAACUCUUCUCCUUGAUCUGCAAGGUGCUGCUGGCUCCCUGGGGGAGAUAAGGAAUGGUGUAGGAAACCUGAAACCCCUGGGAAAUGUUAUUUAUCCAUCACAGAGAACUAUCCAGGCAAACAGGGCCAGAGGAAACUGGACAGAACAGGAGGUGGGGGAGUAAGUGAUGGAAAGCUUGAGGCAGAUGAUGGAAGUUCACCUUCACUCCCACCACAGUCCCUUGAGGAAACUGGUCCAGCCUCCAUCCCAGUGCCCAUCACACCUUCCCCUGGCAGCAGGUGCUGUUAAACCAUCAACCUCUCCCCUUGUGCCCUUUUUUUCCUUUUAAUUUAAUCCCUGCCUUUGUCAGAGCUGACCCGUGGCCUGGGAGAGUGAUACUGCACCUUCCACGUAGGGCUCAUAUUUAUAACAAUGUGUAAUGACUGUAGCAAAAGUCCUUGUUUCUGUAUGUGAAUGGACAGAGAAACAAGUGCUCUAUUGUAUUGAUUAAAAUAGUUCAAAUGAGUCCUGUAUCAUUGUAUCUCCUAUUCUGGAUUAGUGCCUUUUGGACAGUAGACUGUUCUGUAAUUAAAAUGUAGUAUAACUGCUUUUUUGUACAGUUUUGUUUUAAUAAAACUUUUUUUUAAUUUGUGUUUAUUUUAGUAUUGUACCUAUUAGAAAAUAAAAAUGUAUAACUCAACACUGA